AUGGACGAGGAUCAGGCUCCCUCGCGCAUCGUGCCCUCAGAGGCACCCAAGAAGACUUUAGGCGAUCGCGUGCGGAUCCUCAAGCACACGUUUCUGACGAAAGAUGGACUUCUUGGAGACUACGACUAUGCCUUUCUGUUUCGCCCCAACCUGCCCUUCAUGAAGAAGCCGCGCAAGCUCGCGCCAUUCUUCGGGCUCAAUGAUAGGUUGCCCGUCUUUCUGGCGCUGCUUCUCGGGCUUCAGCAUGCGCUCGCUAUGCUUGCGGGCAUCAUAACCCCCCGAUCAUCCUGGGCGGGGCAGGCGGAGUUAACCUGGAGGGUGAUAUGCAGCAAUCUAGUUUCCACGGCUUUGAUUGUCUCAGGGAUUCUCUCUUUGAUCCAAAUCACCAGGUUUCACAUCUACAAGACUCCGUACUACCUCGGAACCGGCUUGAUCUCCGUUGUCGGUAUUUCAUUCUCCAUCAUACCCGUUGCUCAAGGCGCCUUUGCUCAGAUGUAUGCAAAUGGCUUCUGCCCGACAGCCGAGGAUGGAACGAAAUUGCCCUGCCCUGAUGGUUAUGGCGCUCUGCUGGGAACGUCAGCUGUCUGCGGCUUGGUGACUGGCCCUACUGUGAUGCUCAUCGGUAUCAACCUAAUCUCAUCGGGUUUCAGUAACUGGGCCGGCGGCAGCGGUCUUUGCGCCGAAGCAGAACCCAUCGAUUUCUACGUCUUGUGCCCCGACAUCACAGCACCACAUGGGCUGCCGUGGGGCUCCCCUGAGUUCCUCGGCCUGGGCUUCUCCGUCUUUCUGGCCAUCAUCCUGUGCGAACGCUUUGGCGCCCCCAUCAUGAAGUCGACAUCCGUCAUCAUCGGCCUCCUGACGGGCUGUAUCAUUGCUGCCGCUUGCGGGUACUUUGACCGGUCCGCCAUCGACUCGGCGCCCGCUGCUUCCUUCAUCUGGGUCCACACUUUCAAGCUCCAGGUCUAUGGGCCUCUGGUUCUUCCCAUCAUGGCCGUCUUCAUUAUAUGUGCCUGUGAGGCAAUUGGUGAUAUCUCAGCCACGUGCGACGUCUCCCGUCUCGAGGUCACUGGCGAGAUCUACGAGUCUCGGAUCCAGGGUGGUGUGUUGGCAGAUGGCUGCAAUGGUAUCCUGGCUGCUCUCAUGACCAUCACCCCUGUAUCCACCUUCGCGCAGAAUAACGGCGUCAUUGCGCUUACUCGUUGCGCUAAUCGCACUGCCGGGUAUUGCUGUUGCAUGUUCCUAAUUAUCAUGGGAAUCUUCGCCAAGUUCGCCGCCUCGCUGGUCGCCAUUCCCUCCGCCGUGAUCGGCGGCAUGACUACCUUCCUAUUCUGCGCCGUUGCCGUGUCUGGCAUCGCCAUCAUAACCAAGGGCGUGUCUUUCAAUCGGCGCAACCGCUUCAUCCUAACGGCGGGGCUGGCGCUCGGCUACGGCGCCACACUGGUCCCCACAUACUUCGACCGCGUAUUUAGUUACAAUGGCGAUAACAAGGGACUGCAGGGUUUCCUCGAUGCGAUUGUCCUCAUCAUGGAGACGGGGUUCGCCGUCACAGCUAUCGUGUGUAUAGUGCUCAAUCUGACGCUCGCCGAAGAGGUGGAGGAGACGGAGGAGGGCAUGCCUGACACGGCCAGUCUGAAUGGGCAGAGCUUGGACAGUGAUGAUAUUCGCCCUGCUGGCGCAAGUCGGAUGGAAGAAAAGGUGUAA